AUGGCGCCGCUGCUCAAGGACGAGCUGGACAUCGUCAUCCCGACGAUCCGGAACCUGGACUUCCUCGAGAUGUGGCGGCCCUUCUUCCAGCCCUACCACCUCAUCAUCGUGCAGGACGGCGACCCGGCCAAGAAGAUCAACGUGCCCGAGGGCUUCGACUACGAGCUCUACAACCGCAACGACAUCAACCGGAUCCUCGGGCCCAGGUCCUCCUGCAUCUCCUUCAAGGACUCCGCAUGCCGCUGCUUCGGCUACAUGGUCUCCAAGAAGAAGUACAUCUUCACCAUCGACGACGACUGCUUCGUGGCCAAGGACCCGUCGGGGAAGGACAUCGACGCGCUGGCGAAGCACAUCCAGAACCUGCUCUGCCCGUCCACGCCGCUCUUCUUCAACACCCUCUACGACCCCUACGCCGACGGCGCCGACUUCGUGCGCGGAUACCCGUUCAGCCUCCGGGAGGGCGUGCCGACCGCCGUGUCGCACGGCCUCUGGCUCAACAUCCCCGACUACGACGCGCCCACGCAGCUGGUCAAGCCGCGGGAGCGCAACGGUAGGUACGUCGACGCCGUCAUGACCAUCCCCAAGGGCACCCUCUUCCCCAUGUGUGGCAUGAACCUCGCCUUCGACCGCGACCUCAUCGGCCCGGCAAUGUACUUCGGCCUCAUGGGCGACGGCCAGCCCAUCGGACGCUACGACGACAUGUGGGCGGGAUGGUGCGUCAAGGUGAUCUGCGACCACCUAGGGCUGGGCGUCAAGACCGGGCUGCCCUACAUCUGGCACAGCAAGGCCAGCAACCCGUUCGUGAACCUCAAGAAGGAGUACAAGGGCAUCUUCUGGCAGGAGGACAUCAUCCCCUUCUUCCAGGCCGCAACGCUCUCCAAGGACUGCGACACCGUGCAGAAGUGCUACCUAUCGCUCUCGCACCAGGUCAGGGACAAGCUCGGCAAGAUCGACCCCUACUUCGCCAAGCUCGCCGACGCCAUGGUCACCUGGAUCGAGGCGUGGGACACGCUCAACCCCAAGGAGGGUGCCCAAGCCAACGGCAAGCCCAAAGGGAAGUAA